AUGUCUUCCAGCAACACUGGGGUUCGUGUGCCCGCAGCCGCAAGUGACGUAGAAAGCACGGACACCGGCUAUGAGCAGGAUGAGGAGCAACUACCGAACCAGCAAGAUAGUGAAGCAACGGAUCCGGAAGUUCAGUUUGAUGGCGGUACCGAUUGGCUGAACUCUUCAGAGGCGGAACCAGUGGAGCUGUCGCGAGCGUAUUCUGCUCCAGAGCCGCUGGAUGAAGGGCCCAAACCGAACUUACUGGAUAUUUCAUCUGCGUGGGGUCAAGACUUUGUAGAGCGAGCUGAUUCCGAGCUCGAGAGCUACGCCGAGGAGCACCCAGGCCCUGAAGAACACGGAGCGUCGCAGCAAGAGAGACAACGUUCCAGGUCGUAUCUGAGAGCGCUACGAGCGAAGAUGGACCGUACCUGGCGUGCAGACUGGACACAUCGCCUGGGACGCACACUUGACGGCACGGUGGACAGAGCCCGGCCCUACUGGCGCCACCUACGAAGCUCGAGCGGCCUUCGACGUCGGGUGCUUUCUCGUUCGCCGUCGAUGCUCCUUCAGAACCUGAACCACAGCCGCAAAAUCAUCGCUCGCAAGUCCGUGGAAGCAGCUUCUGAAGCUGCCGAGUUUAUAUCGUCACCAACGCUACUAUUCCGACCUGCCAAGAUGGCGUUCGCUAUUGCGUUCCCUCUGCUCAUACCGCUGUUAAUCACCCCGUGGCGGAUUCUGUUGAUCCUCUUCGUUUUUUACGCCGUCUGGUAUCUUGUGGUCGCCGCGAUUUUCGCAACAGAGGUGAUGAUGCGCCCGCCCUGGUACCGAGUUGGACUAGGUGGGCAACUGCCGAUGGUGGAGAUCCCUCCGUACUGGCGCGGCGUUUGCCACAAUCCGAAGCAGGAUCUCCAGUUGGACUACGUUUCGGUUUCGUUUGAGUCUUUGCAUCCGCCUCGGCGGACACUGCGCGGCUGGUAUAUCCCCGCGGAAAGCACUGGAAUGACUUUCGAGUCUGGGUCCGAACAGUCAGCCCCUGAAACGGGUGCAGCAAAACCCAGCGAGGCGAGCAGCGCAGACGCACCGAAUCCACAUGCAACAACACCGUCUGGUGAGCACGCGACGACGAGUCGCAGCCGAGGCACAACUUCGACGGGUCGGACCUGUGUAGUCUGUGUGCACGGGGCAGGUCGAGAUCGCCGAAACUUCCUGCGCCACGCUGGCGCACUCCACCGCCACGGUUAUGAUGUGUUGCUGUUCGACCUCAGCGAGCAUGGUCUCAGUGACGGGUCUGGUCGAGGAACCACUUUUGGUGCUCGAGAAAAAUAUGAUGUGCUGGCGGCUAUAGCGUAUGCCUACAAUGCCCUGCAAGCGGAGCGAAUCGUUCUUCUGGGGACUUCAGCGGGAGCCUCUUCCUGCCUGCUCGCAGCAGCUGAAUGGAUCCGUUUGCAUCGAUUCCUGAAACUGCAAAUCGUCGGGCAGCGGCACGAAUCAUCGCAAGCGCUUAGUGAACAGCAUUCUCUUGAUUUCCCGGUACAGUGCAUCAUUGCAGAGAACCCGCUGGCCCGACCUGACGAACUCUUUAUCUUCCAUCUGGAGCGCCUCUCGCUCAACUACCUGCCAAAAGAUUCGUAUCAUCUUGCGCGGAAGACACUCUUCUGGUUUGCAAGCAGAGUGCUGCUGUUUCGUCUCGCAUGGGUAGACCGCGAACCGAGCGCCGUACCAGGGUCUCAUUUGCGCCGGCUCUGGGUAGUGAUCAGCACCCUCAGUCGAGUGCUCGGAGGACGGACGCGCUGCGGCGCAGUCGACGUCAUGACCGACAUUCAUUGUCCGUUGUUCGUUUUGCACGGCACCGGUGAUGAAAUCGUGCCCGUCGACCAUGGCAUGCGCAUCUUCGCAGCGGCUAACGAGCCCCGUCAGCUGUGGCUCGCUCCGGACGCGGCACACUGUGCCCUGUUCGAUCAGUAUCCAACUGAGUGGGAAAAUCGGGUUGUGGAUUUUAUCGAAAAGAGCCUGAGCGAAGAGUCGAAUGCGAAAUCAAGAUCCUGA